ACGCGAUGUCUGGCAGACACCAAGGUGUUACGUGUGAUGUCUGCCAACAGAAGGAGUUUGGCCUGAGGCGAUAUAAAUGCCUCGUCUGUCGGAACUAUGACCUUUGUGGCGAUUGUUUCGACAACCGUCAAGCAACUGAAAAGCACUCCAGUUCUCAUCCAAUGCAGUGUCUCAUACCCAGAGCGGACCAUGACUUGUUUUUUCAUGGAGAGCCGUCGUCCGAAUACAUGGCAUACAGUUUCACCUGCCCCCUUUGCGGUCAGUUGGGGUUCACUGAGACAUCAUUUUCGCGUCAUGUCUUUCAAAAGCACCCAGGAGAGGAAACUGGUGGCCCUGAGGUUAUUUGUCCUCUGUGUGCUACGCAUUCGGAAGGGGGGGAUCACAAUCGUCAAACGCGACAUAUGGCUCGGCAUCUGAUGGCCACACAUCAUCUCACGGCUCCGAAGGAAGAUGAAAAUGGUAUUUUACUUGUCCCGUAUUUGCAAUCGUACCGCAAUGUUGGAACUACUGAUCCUCCUUCUUCACACAACUCCGUCGCUCCACAACACAGUCGCUGUGUUUAUUCUAUUCACCCACGAUAUUCAGCACAUCGACGACUACUGCCGCUUGUUAUCUCGCGGCCACCAAGAUCACAAGAAAGUGCCCGCAAUGUUUGUUGUCCCGUGACGAAUCGGAGCCGCCUCCCUGAUACACCUCUGAGUCAUAAUUUAUCCCCAUGUGAAACGAUGUGCGAUAUCUUGGGUACAACUGGCCGCCCCAACCGAUGUAUACAAAAUUCCUUCAGUAGUUCAUUGGUGUGUGGCGCUAUGACAACACAACAAAGUUCAGCUGUUGCCAUUUUAAGCAGCAGGAACAGUCAUAACCAGGAUAUCCAAGUGAAGACAGGUUCGCUAUCACCAACUUCUCCAGACAUGGGGUGCACAGUCCAUACACGCAUCAGUGCAGCUCGUACUGACACGUUGGGUGACUUAUCUUCUCCAGGGUGGAGUGCAGUCGCUCAGGGUUCUGUAGUAGAAUCUCGUAUCAAAUCUUCGUUGCCAAGCGCAGUUGCGACAAGUACAUCUGUUUCGCCGGGGGAAUCGGAAUUGAACACGACAAAUAUUCACUUCAGUCCAUCCAGCGCUGUUGCUGCUGUCCAGGAGCAAGGACCACUUUCUCGGCAAUCCGUUUCUGGUGACCCUUUCUCAUCGGUACAAGUCAGUGAAGAAGGGAUGCUCAAACACGCGAAGUUACCGGAACGUUACCAACCGGCCGUUGCGACCGCGAUCAAGAAGGAUGAGUUCGGUGGCCGGUGGGCGGUGUUUCUAAGCGAACUCGUAUGUGCCAGUCUGCACCUCGCUUUCGAUAGGGAACCUAUUUGUGGAUCCAGCUAACCUCGCUGACUUCGAUGAACUGUGGUCUUACCUCCCCAGAUACCCCUAGGUGUAUCCAAACCGACAGAUGAUUUAUCCUUUCCUCUGUUCAGUUUGUGCAAACUGAAGACCCUCAAUCCUUAACGCCAAGAGAGGAACUCAUAUUUCCAUGGGCCAACAAUUUGAUUUUUCCGCUUCUCUUUUGUAGUUAUCCGUGCAGUAUUUGGUGUGUAGUUGCCAUUUAUGGUUUCAGUCGUUCAUCAGCUCCUCGUCCUUGUCAUAUUCUGGAACAUACGAAUGUAUGUUUUGAUUGUUCUUCUGGUCUAUCUAUCCAGCCUUCGCAGACUUGUGAAUAAAUCAAGCUGUGAUACACAUUUUUCCUUGCUUUCCAUUGCUGCCUACAAAGGUAGGAAACCAUGGAUUUCAGCUGUUUUAUUCGAAACCCUGUAUUUGAAUUUUGGUGGGUUGUUUGAAAAUCCGUGCUUCCAAACUUCUGUGGUGUAUUGUCGUUGAAAUUCCUACCGGCAGCUGAAGAUGUGCAUCGGUUUAUUUGUUAGUACUCACGCUCUACCAGGUUGUUGCAUAUCUUGUGUCCCACUCUAUCCUUCAAUUCAUUCAUUUCAGGCUGUACUUCACCAUUUUUAUCAUCACGCACUUAAUUUUCAUACCCGCUCUGGUUUUGUGUGCUGAGAUUUAAUUGCGUUGAUUUGGCAGUGUUUGCUUAUCAAGAUUACUUUGAUACUGUUUGCCG